CCCUGAUGAUCCAAAUAAACGUGGUGGCUCCAAGUGUGUCUGCAUUGGCACCUCUGUGGGGCACAGAGCCCACAAUCCCAGAUCCACGGGGGCUGCAGGGAUCUGUGGGACCGCCCUGUCCAUACCCCCCACUUGUCCACUGAAGCAAAGACAGCAUUCGGUACCUCUGCUGUCAGCCCAUUACCAGCACACCCAUCUCUUCCAGCAGCAGACCACGUUUUCCCUCUUCCUUUGCUGUUCACGUACUUCAAGAGGCUCAUCUCAUCUGUGCAGCCCUGACCACCUUCAUCUCUGGCUCCAUGGGAUUCUUUGUCCAUGGUUCACACCUCCAGGCCCCCACCAGCCCUGUGUCCCCAGGGGUCUCUCCCAGCAGUUCCCACUCUGCCCUGGGGUACCCAGCACCGGGCCCAGUGCUCCAACUGUUGGCCAUGGUCAGCAAAGAGCUGGGCCCAGAGCACCUGGUGGGAGUGAAUGUUUUUCAUUUUCUCAUUCUGGAAACUGCAUCCAUUGCCCUCUUUCUGAUGAUUUAAUGAAUGAAUUACAAUGAGAUGCCCAUCGUAAUUAUAGAUUCCCCAGCACAGACUGUGGAACUCAUGUGGGUGGGGCAGCGGGUCACAGUGGGGCGUCCCCCUGCCCCCCAUGUCCAGCGGUGCUGGCGCUGUGCCCCUCACUUCGCUGAUGACAGCAGGCCAGCAAUGCAAACUCAGGUCAAACCGCCGCGCUUCUCUGUGCUCGUGGCUGCCCAGGUCAUGGCCGACCCCCAACCUCAGCCCUCAUCCUCUGCCAUGGAGGAGAAAAACCCCUCCUGCCCCAUGGAGGACAAGAAGGACGACCCCCCCCAGGAGCCCCGUGCUGUGCCACCUGCUCCCCCCUUGGACCCCUCUGGGCUGCCCAUGUGUGCCGUGGGGCGUUACGCGAUGGACAACAUCGAGGCCUUUGCCCGGAGCACAGAGCCUCAGAACGAGGAGCAGAAGAUCAAGUUCCUGCGGAGCGUCCGCGCCCUCUGCGACAGCGCAGCGGCCGGGAACAAGGCGCAGGAGCUGCGCGUCUUCUGCCGCCGGAACGAAGUGGCGGAGAACAUCAUGGUGCUGCUGGCGGAGGAGCCGAGGGGGAAGCUGAGCUCCGAGCUGUGGCUGCAAGCGAUAGACUCCAUCACCGCCCUCAGCAAGGUGGAUGGGGUGCUGGAGGAGAAGAUCCCGCUCUAUAUCGUGUGUUUCCGGAGCAUCCUCCUGCUUCCCUCAGAGCAGGACCUGGACACCAAACUUUACUCCAAGAUCCUGAUGGCUCUGGAUGAGAUGCUGCACACACUGGUGUUCAUCCACCACAACGCCAGCAUUGGAGAGGAGUUGAAAAACGUCUUCCAGGUGAGCUCUGCCCACGGGGGCCACACGGAGGAGGGGUGUCCCUCACCACCCCAAAAACCUUCUGGGGUGUCCUGGGGGCUGCAGGGCAGAGCAGCGGCUCCUCUUCCCGCAGGUGCUGAUGCCCUUCACCUCCCUGCAGAGCGCGGCCGCGCGCGAGAGGGCAGUGGGGCGCAUCUGGAAGCUGACCCAUUCCCUGGUGCUUCACUGUCAGGAGACGGUAAGGGCUCGACCCCCACGGUGUGGGCUCUUUGUCCCUCCUUUUCCCUGCUCUGCCCACUCUGGGGGUGCACUCAAUGUUCCACUCUCCACUCACAGCCUCAUCACUCGGGACAAUCCAGACCCGUCCCCUAUGACCAGCUCUGCCUGCCCGUGCUGGGGCAGCUGGUGGGGACCCUCAUCCUGUGCUGCGCCUUCCAGGAGGAGAAAACACACCACUGCGCUUUGGGCGCCCUCCAUCACCUCUACACUUUUAUCCUGGGGAGAAGCCGCUGGGAAGCGCAGCCGGAUGAGAAGGAGAAACAGGAGCAGUGGAAAGAUGACCACGAGUUCUCCCUCUCCUGGAGCACCAACACCACAGUCAUUCUGCUGCGCUUUGCGAAGCACUUCCACUCCUCAGAGAGGACUGACCUCAUCCUCCUGGCGCUGCAGGGCAUGAGGGACUGCAGCAACCACAACACGCAGGUGGCUUCCACCUUGAUGGCCGUCCUGAUGGUCGACUUCAACCCCAUGCCCAAUGAUGUGCAGCGCAUCGUGGCAGCCAUUCACAGGAGCAGGAAGCUGAUCACGGAGGAGCAGGCGCUGAGAACCAUCCGCGGCACCUUCCCCUGGUUGGCCACCACCAGCCCUCGUGCGCUGACACUCAGCCUGCUGCACUGCUCUCCCACCUGUGAAAAGGACAUAUGGGAGCUGUGGGAGCUGGCUCUGUCCUCGGUGGACGUGGUGCCAAAGAUGGUGCAGGAGCUGCUGCGUCUGCUGGAGAUCUCCCCGCUGGGCCAGGAGACCAAGGCCGGCGUCCUUCCCCUGGCCGCGGCCACGGCGCUGCACAAGCUGCUGCGGUACCUGCAGCACAGCCCGCAGGUGCGGCUGCUUUUCCCGGAGCUCUUCGUGGCGCUCGUCAUCCAGGUGGUGUCCUCGGGGGAGCUGGGUCAGCUGCAGGUCACCACCAUCAUGAAGGACCCGUUCAGCCCGUCUGCACCCACCUCCACCAUCAGGAUGGUGGUGGAGGCGGCGCGCAGUCUGAUGUGGGGCGCUGACAUGGACGGCCUGGCCACCUCCAUGGAGACCAACGACCUGUGGGCACGGCUGCUGGGCGCUGCCACGUGGCGGAGCAGCAUGAAGUCCCUGGCCAAGAUGAUGCUGAAGAGCUGCCGGGGUCAGCGCGGCCGCACCUUCAGCCACCUGCAGAAGCUGCUGCAGUUCCACCAGCUGCAGUGGAGGGAGGUCCCCGCCUUGACGUUCUACACGGAGCUGUGGAGCUGCCAGGGGCAGCACAAGAACAACAGCCGCGCCAGGAGGAUCUUCAGGAAAUACAUCCGCAGCAGAAAGGCGGAGAGCAGGGAGCUGGCGCUGCGCGGGCUGCGGGACCUGUACUGCGGGAGGAUGCAGCUGCUGCUGCCCGACGUGCUGCUGUGGCUGCAGGACAUUCAGGCCGGUGUCAGACUGCAGGCCAUGCGGCUGCUGCGGGACAUCGCGGCGCAGCACCCCGCCAGCAUCCGAGCCGUGAUUGGGCAGCUGGCCGUGCAUCUGCUGUCCUGCUUCAACGAGGACAACGCGGAGCUGCGCUGCCGCUCCAUGGAGCUCUUUGCGCUGCUGCUGGAGGCGCAGGGCAGGAAGCAGCUGCUGCCGCAGGCAAAGAUGAGUUUGCUGCCGCUCUUCAUCCACAUGAACGAGGACAUCCCCAACGUGGCGCAGGCCGCUCAGAAAGCUCUGAUCCACGCCGCCAAACUCCUGGGCUGGCAGCAACUGCAACGCUUGGCCGGCGCGGCGGAUGUGUGGAAGAUCGCUGACUGCCUGCUUCAGAAGCGGGGCAGAGUGUUGGAGCAGUACCUGAAGCAGACCGUGCUGCACCUGCUCAGCCCCCAGGCGCCCGUCAGGGAGGCGGCCGUGCGCUUCCUGGGUGGGUCCCGGCCCCGAGGGGUCCCCAUCCCUCCGGCUGAGCGCUGCGGGGUCGGUGAGCGGGGGGGGGCUGGCGGGUCAAUGAGGAACCGAUGGGUUCUGGGGCGACAUUGGGAUCGUCGGGGCAUUGUGUGGGUCUCGGGGGUUCACCGGGGCACCACGGGUGUCACUGGGGAACCACAGGGUCCCUGGGACGCUGCAGGGUCGCCGUGUUUGACGAAGGCGCUGUUGGUACCGCGGGGUUUCUGCGGGUCUCCCUGGGGGCUCCAGGCUGACAGCGGCUGUGUGCGCAGGGAUGAUGGGGCGGAAGCUGAGGAACGAGAACCCGCAGGUGGCGCUGGACAUCCGGGAAGCCCUGCAGGGCGCCAGGGACGACUCGGAGCCGGCCGUGCGCUGCCUCGUGCAGCAGACGCUGCUGACAUUCACCGCGCUGGAGGAUGCGCCGCCCGGCGGAACCGGGGGAGGAGCCGUGAGCCGGUGGAUGCGGAGGAUACGGGGGGAGUAGGGAUGGGCGGAGAGAGACGGAACCGAGAGCGAGUCACCACUGAGCGAAUGGGACCCGGAUCGACCCUAUCGAGAGAGCGGAGUCCGGGACAGAGCAAAGCGUGUCUGAAUAAUGAAGGGUCAAUAGUAACGGUGAACGGCCACGCAAAGGGUGACCCUGAGAGCGACCACAACCCCACCCAGAACCAGAACCCGACCUCAAACCCAAACAUGACCCCACCCAGCGCCCCCUACCGGCACAGCGCCCCCUAUGGGCACAGCGCCCCCUACCGGCACAGCGCCCCCUAUGGGCACAGCGCCCCCUACCGGCACAGCGACCCUAUGGGCACAGCGCCCCCUAUGGGCACAGCGCCCCCUACCGACACAGCGCCCCCUAUCGGCACAGCGCCCCCUGCCGGCACAGCGCCCCCUAUGGGCACAGCGCCCCCUGGCGGCCCGGCGGCUCGCGCUUUCCGACCCUUGCAUCACCCUGCCGUUCGCCCCGCCCCUCCGCUCUCAUUGGCUCGCUUCUCCGUGACGUCGCCGCGCUGCGGAGCGCUGAUUGGCCGCAGAUGGCGCAGCUUUGCGUCAUGCGGGGGUUAUAAAAGGGGCUGUCGGCGGCGGGGGCGGCGCAGAGCGGCUGAACGGCGGAGCACGAUGCGGUGUAGGAUGAACCGGGCGCUGCGGGCGGGGCCGGGCUGCGGGGAGCCGGGACCGGGCAGGAAGGCAUCGAGAAGGAAGAGCGGCCUCGUAGGGCAGCACACGUGAGCGCCGCGGGCCGCAGGGGGCACAGCCCCGUCCUGCCCCCCCCCAUCGCUGUGUCUCUACAUCCCCGCGUGUCCCC